UCGGGGUUUUCUAGGGGCUUCUGGCUUCUCUCCAGCUGUGAGCCAACACCAGGAGGAUUGGCUGGGGGCCUGGAGUCCAAGGCUGUGCCCUCUGCUGUGCAGCCCCCCACACCCAGGGCAGGUGGAUCUGGAGGAUCCCAUCUCGAGGAGACUGGUGAUGAGGGCCUUUGCCUCAUUGCUGGCUCUUGAGCACCAGGGAGACAAAGCUCAGCCGACGUCCCAGUCUGUUAACUCCCUACCCCACCAGCCCAACCAUGACCACCCCAGACGGUUGCCCAAGGCUGAGGAGUCGGGAGCCAAAGAGACCUGCUGGGGGGGGAGACAGGAGAGGCUGAGGCCCGGCAACUGAGGACACCGUGCCUCUGGACAGGCAGCACUGAAGGAGGGGUCUGGAAGCUGGGACUGCCUCUCCAUGCCUCCCAAAUUGCUCCUUGAUUUCUGGGUCUUGGGGAAGACAGCAGAGUGUGCCCUUCUUUGGCUCUAGCCUGGAACGACAGACAAAGGAGGAGGGGUUGGGGGCCUUUGCCUUGUGGUCUUUCUAGGAUGGAAGAGCGGUGCUCCCAGUUGCCCCCAUAUCCCAGAAAAGACUGGAAGAACAAGAGGUCACCACAGAGCACUGAGCAGAGUUCCCUGUGCUGUACAGUCACCUUGGAGGUCAGAGAAUCUCCCCGACUCUCACGUGGAUCCUGGCCCAGCCUGCCGCAGCAGCCAGGCACUGUCCCCGAAGCAGAGGCAGCGGGAAGAGGGCAGUGGGACGUGCCCAGUCUGCGGGGGGACAUGGCAGGAUUGUCGACAGAUGACGGUGGCAGCCCCAAGGAGGACGUGGACCCAUUCUCCUAUGACUAUGAGACUGUCCGCAAUGGGGGCCUGAUCUUCGCUGCCCUGGCCUUCAUCGUGGGGCUUAUCAUCAUCCUCAGCAGACGAUUCCGCUGCGGGGGCAGGAAGAAGCACCGGCAAGUUCACGAAGACGAGCUGUAAUGAGAGAGCCAGCCGGGUCCACCAUUGCACCAGGGCCGCUUGGGAAGCCCUCCCUGAGCUAUAGGUCUUUGUCCCCGGGACUGCCAGGCCCUCGGGCUGAAGGAAGCCCCGGGUUCUGCAUGACCCCUGGGUGGGCAUCGCCUCCUCCCACCCCGUGCUAAUAAUAAAGCCGGAAUCAGAGACA